CAGCUACAAGCCUACAACAUCCCCAAACUCCCAGCAGUCAAUCCGCCGCCGCCGCCGCCGCCGCGACGCCAUGCUCCAUCUCCGGAAGAUCUUCCUCUCCGCAUCUCAUGUCCCGACACCCUCCCUCCCCCCCCUCUUCCCGCUCCACCGCCUCCUCGCCGCCACCGCACCCGCUUCCCCAGAGCCGUUCGCCGUCGAGGACUACCUCGCCACCACCUGCGGCCUCUCCCGGCCCAAGGCGCGCAAGGCGUCCAAGAAGCUCGCCCACCUCAAGUCCUCCUCCAAGAUCGACGCCGUCCUCGCCUUCCUCGCCGCGCUCGACAUCUCCCCCUCAGGCGCCGCCGCCAUCGUCGCCGCCGACCCGCAGUUCCUCUGCGCCGAUGUGGAGCUGAACCUGGCCAAGCGCGUCGCCGAGCUCACGGGCCUCGGCCUCAAGCGCUCCCAGAUCGCGCGCCUCAUCCCGCUCGCCGGCGCCUCCUUCCGCACCGCCUCCCUCGGCCCCAACCUCGCCUUCUGGCUCCCGGUCUUCGGCUCCUUCGAGAGGCUCCUCAGGGCCAUGAAGGUGAACGGCGGCAUCCUCGCAGCGGACCUCGAGAAGGUCGGUAAGCCCAACCUGGCCCUUCUCCAGCAAUGCGGGAUAAGCGUCCGAGAUUUUUCAGAUACAUACCUUACCCGGGUGCUCACUAGGCUCCCCGAGUACGUCCAGAAUGCCGUGCUGUACAUCGACAAGCUUGGCGUGCCCCAGGAUUCCCCAAUGUUUCGCUAUGCGCUCAUGGCGUUUGCGUUUCAGAGCCAGGAGAAAAUUGACCGGAAAAUGGGGAUCCUUGAAAUGCUUGGUUGGUCACAGGAUGAUGUGUUGACCGCUGUGAGGAAGAUGCCGAGUAUGCUCACCAUGUCCGAGGAAAGGAUGCAGACAACUGUGAAUUUCUUGACAAGGGAUGUUGGGCUGGAGAUACCCUAUAUUGCUCGAAGGCCAGUGCUGGUCAUGUAUAGCUAUGAGCGCCGGUUGCUGCCACGGCAUUCCUUGCUAAAUAUUCUCAACGCCAAGGGUUUGCUUUAUCCUGAGCUUGACUUCUAUACUGUUAUCACGCUGACUGAGAAGAAGUUUCUGUACAAGUAUGUGCAUCCUUAUGAGAAGAGUAUUCCAGGCCUUGCUGCGACUUAUGCAUCUUACUGUGCUGAGAAGGUGCCGGAUGAAGUUUCUACCUGAAAAGAGAAAAUGCAACAAGAGACUCUGUGCAUGCUUGAUGUGGGAGCACGUUGCCGGAUUGUCGUGUUGGAAUAGCAUUUUAAGAUUUAUUUCAGACUUUUUGGUGAUCUGCGUUCAGUGGGAGGAGACGUUCUCGUCGACAACGGAGAAGUAUGUGGCGACUUCGGAAACCUCAAUAUGAUGUGCCGGCUUAGACUCUUGGAGGUGUUCAUAGAGGUAGGGUGUGCAUGCCUGCGUUCAUAGACAUGAGUGUACAUGCGUAUGUAUGAGUGUCUCCAACUGUAUUGUGUUGGAGAAAAAGAGAGUAAAUGUUCAUUUUUGCGUC